UCGCGCUUAGUCACAGGUUGCCUAAGCGCGCAGACGGUCAGCAAUGGACGACACCGACUUCUCGCUCUUCGGCCAGAAGAACAAGCACAAGAAGGACAAGGCGGAUGCCACCCAGAUCGCCAAGACGCCCACCUCGGAGCUGGACCUCAAGAGGAUCAUCACCUCGCGGCCCACCAACGAGGACACAUACGAGAAUUGCCCACGGGCGGGCAUCGCGCUGAUCCUCAACCACAAGGAUGUCAAGGGGCAGAAGCAGCGAGUGGGCACCGAACGGGAUCGCGAUGACAUGGAGGCCACGCUCAAGGGAUUCGGAUUCGAUGUGCGGACCUACGACGAUCUAACCUUCUCCGACAUCAACGACAAGCUUAAGGAGGUGGCACGCGAGGAUCACAGUAAAAACGAUUGUUUUGUGCUGGCUGUGAUGUCGCACGGAACUGAGGGCAAAGUCUAUGCCAAGGACAUGUCCUAUCCGGUGGAGCGCUUGUGGAACCCCUUCCUCGGCGACAACUGCAAGACGCUGAAAAACAAGCCAAAACUCUUCUUCAUCCAGGCCUGCCGUGGCGAGAAUCUGGAGAAGGCCGUCGAGUUCUCAAGCUUCGCGGUGAUGACCAGGGAACUGGCCCCGGAACCCGUUGCCCCCGUUCAGCCCAUCACCUAUGCCAUCCCCAGCACAGCGGACAUGCUCGUCUUUUACUCCACAUUCGACAAAUUCUUCUCGUUCCGCAACGUAGACGAUGGGUCCUGGUUCAUCCAGAGCUUGUGCCGGGUCCUCGACGUCGCCGCCUGCAACGAGGCCUCCCAGCCGGAGGGCGCCGAGCUGCUCCGCCUGCUGACCGCUGUGAACCGCAAGGUGGCCUACGAGUAUCAGUCGAACACGAAGAACGAGGCCCUCAACCAGAUGAAGGAAAUGCCCAACUUCAUGUCCACGCUGACGAAAACCUUUAACCUGCGUGUCAAACCCAAGUCCUGAACGCCUGCCCUCGAAUGUGGAAUCAGCGCCAGUCCAUGGGGACUGGAACAAUGAGUCCGUGGCGAACGAGGCACACCACAACUCUUUCACUUAAUCGUAAUGCUUGCAAUUCGUUGAUAGAAAUACAUAUCAAUGGCACUUA